UGGAUGAUAUCAAAGGGGGUACACAAUACCAUACUUCGUACUGUACGCGCCAGCCCUUGUGGCAUUGGAAUUCGACCUGCUGCGUAUGCCCGUCUCUCUAUCUGGCGACGCACCUAAAGUUGGAACGAGGACAGGUGCAUGUUCUCCUGGCGCGGAGGUGAACAGAGGAGAAUGUCUUUUUUGGAAUGCUAGCAGUAGCAGGGCGGGAAGCGUUCAUGGACGCGAUGGGGGCUCAGGAAACAACCCCGCUUCCCUUUACGGAUCAUGAAAAGGAGAACAAGUCCGGACACUCACAUAACACAGUACUCCGUACAGUUUAAUAAUUGGAUUCCCCUCCGUAGCCAUCCUUCCAACACCGCCAACAGCCCAGAAAGCCGACAAUUAUUGUCAUUAUUGAAAGGGAUGCCGAAUAUCCCCGUUCCUCGUCCGAGCUGUAUCCUGUACUUGGAAGAACAAAGGCCUGAUUUCGCUUUCCCCGCAAAUGGGCAGCAGUGGUAUUGGGUAUGCCGGUUUUGCGGAGGAGGAGCUCUUUGUUCUUAUGCGAAGGAGGGGUUUUCUGGGAUGGGUGGCUGGUAUUGUUGGAUGAGGGCGGUGGGUGUAGGUGGCUUUGCUGCCGCUACUGUGUUGAAGGUAGAGCAGAUUGUCCGCGAGGGUAGGAACCUAAGGUCUUGUAGUUCUUCUACAUUGCUUUCGUCCAGCGGUACAAGAACCCUUGGUAGAACCAGGCUCCGGAAGGACGACCUCUGCACUUUUCUGGGGUAUACUGGGGAAGUUCAAAGCAGGGAGAUUGCAAAGGAGGUGGGAGGUGGGUAGGAAUCAGGAUGGAAAGGAUCUAGUGCGCGGAUGGAGGUGCACUGCAGAUAGAGGGAGGGGUGUUUAGCAAAUUGUAGCCUCGAGGAGUUGUUGCCGGGUUGAGAUGGAAUGGUGGUAUGGAGGGGCGUUAAAAGAUAAAUAUGUUUAUUUAUUUGUAUCCUGCAUGUUUGUUCUGUAGGUAUUUCUGUUUCGAGCGUAGUUAAGUAGUAGGUCUUAGGGUACUGUUCGCUCUAGAUUGGUCGCUGGGGUAU